AUGUCAGCUGCUGCGUCUGGUCUUAAAGUUAUGAUGAUAAGUGGAUCACUUCAGAGAUUGUUACAGUUCUCUGGCUCAAAGGGAAUAGUGAGCAGCAGCAUUAGUAGCAGUAGCAGUAUUCCAUUGAGAUCAUUGUCUGACUCCUCUACCUUUACAAGUUAUGGCACACUUUUGACUAGCAGUAGUAGUUAUACUCCUUCAUAUAUACACUCGAUUGGGUACAAGACUGGUGGCAACGAUUAUAAUAGAGACAGAUCAUCAUCAUCAAACGAACGUAGAGAUGGAAACAAGUCAUACAAUAACAACUCACAAGAUCGUCGUGACAGUAAUAAUAGUAGUGGUAGUAAUAGUAGUUCAUUUAAUCGAAGAGAUAAUAAUGAUGGAAACAAGUCAUCAUCAUAUCAGCAUCGUGAUGGAAAUAGGUCAUCAUCAUCAUCAUCAUCUUACCAACAUCGUGAUGGAUACAAAGGAUCAUCGUAUGAACGUCGUGAUGGAGACAAAGGAUCAUCGUUUGAACGUCGUGAUGGAAACAAAGGAUCAUUUGAACGUCGUGAUGGAAACAAGUCUUUUGAACGUCGUGAUGGAGACAAAGGAUCAUCAUCAUCAUUUGAUCGUAGUGAAAAAAGAUAUAACAACUACGAAGGUAAAAAGUCAAGAAUGGAUAGAGUAAAGAAUAUUUACAACUCUAAAGAAUUCUCUGGAUUGGAUUCAAAAUUGCGUAGAUUCAAGAGAAAUGCACCAACCAUUGUAGACAAGUAUCGUGACGAUCCUUCAAAGCCACGAGUGAUUCGUCCUGAAUUGGUUACACCAAGCAACCGUAGUUUAGCUAGUACCCCUGAAAAACAACAACCAACUAUUUCAAAUGAAAAAAUCACUUCUUUAUCAUUCUUUAAGAAAAGUCUUGAAAAGGAUUUCAAUUCAACUCAUGACAUGAUUCGAUCAUAUUUAGUAUCAUCAAUGGAAAAUAGAGAAUGUGUAGAAUUGGUGAAUGAAAUUUAUGAAUGGGCUAUUAAAUGUGAACCACAGAAUGUAAAGGGAAAAGGAGGAGUGGUUGAACAAAAGAAACUUGUCAGCUCAACCAUUUUAAAUUACUUUUUAAGAUACUAUGCAUCGAUCGACGACAAACAACAAUACGAGAAUACUAGAUCAAUGUUUGCAACACUUGGAUACUUUUAUGGAUUGCGUACCUAUGAAAUACAACUGCGAUAUGGAUUGUCACAGGGACACAAGGAAUGGGGUCAAAAACAUUUGGAGAGCUCUAUCGACGGUCUCAAAAAACAAUAUCCAACCGAGUUUUUGAGCGACCGUGCAGUCGUGCAUAUGGUCAUCGAGUCUUUUAUCUUGUUGGACGAGCCCGACAAGGCGAUAGAGGUGUUCCAGUCAAUGACACCCGAGCAGAUGAGAAUGUCUGUGCAGCCAUUCAACACGAUCUUUAGAUACUUUACGACCGUGUCCACGCCAGUGCGAGCCAUAGAGUUUUUCCAAAAGCACAUAAAGCACAACGUCGACUUUAUCACAACCAACUAUUUUAUUGCAUCGAUCAAGUCGUUCUUGGCCAACCGCGUCAACCCACUCGGCCUGUUCCAAGUGCUCCGUGAGGAGAAUAUGCCGUUUAGCGAGUCGGCCAACACCGUCACCAAGAUGUUGCUCGACAAUGACAGAGACUUUGCCAUUGAUUUCUACUUGUCGUUGCCAAUUGUCGAGCGCGAGAGAAUCGCCUCCGACAUUGUCGAUGCAUUGGUCGAGGCGACGUCAGACCCCGAUGAAGUGACGCGCAUCUAUUUGGAAACACCCCAUCCAACCAAGAAAACAAUGCUCCGCCUCUUGGCGAUGAUUGGCCGCGAGGACAGACCAAGCGCACCAAACAUACCGGUGCACGAGGCCGUCUUGAAGGAGAUGUUUGCCAAAAAGGAAAGAGAGGUUGAUAUCUCGUUCCACAUUGCCAACAUUAUCCUCUACUAUCAAUACGAAGCUACCGACGGCGAAUUUAUGUGCAAGUCGUUUAUCGAUAGACUCAUGGCAUUGUAUGAUAAAAAAGACGAGACUGGAUCGUCGUGGGAGGAAAAGGAUGCCCACAAACUACAACACCAAGUGAUCGAUCGUUUGGUUGCCAUUUAUUUGCACUAUGAUCGUAUGGACCUCGCACACAGAUGGUUGAUCAAUUUAUUACUCGAAUUCAAGAUCAAACUCACCCAGCCCACCGUUCAAUGCUUUAUCAAGUAUUUUGAAAAACAGAGUCAAGCAUUGGAAAAACUAUCCCUAUCUGCCGACACUACCAAGGAAUUGGAUCGUCAGAUUGCCAAAAACACAUUGAUGCACUGGACCCAAAUCAACUUGGACCAAUUUGGCAAAACAAGUAACCCCGACAUUCAAAAGAGCGCACACGACCACCUCAUCAAAGGACAUACACCAGAUGGCACCUAUUUGAUUGCCAAGCCAAAACCAUUCCUUUUAAAAUCGAGAACACAGAAUGAAAUCAAUGACCGUAAUCGUGUCAGACAGCACUAUGAAGAAAAGGAUGCCAAACGAUUGAUAUGGGCACUCGAAGACAUUGUCGAGCAUCGCUACGAUGUGCAUGAUAUGCACCCUUUGAUGCUUGCAAGUUAUCAGUUCCUUGUGGCCGAACAAGGAUAUGAUUUCCUCAAGCUUCUCAAGUUUUGUUUCAAUGUCAAACAAACCGUCAGACAGAGUCUAUUUGAUUCAGGAAUCUUCCUCAACUACAUGGACCACGACUUUAACAUGGGGUUCUUGGCCGUGUCACUCAUUGCCAAUGACCUGCUUUGGACCAACUCGGUUUCCAUCAGCAACAAGGUUCUCUCGCAACUACUUGCACAAAAGAAUACAUUGUGGUCGUAUUUGUUACUCAAAAAGAUGUUGACAAUCAAGCAACCAGUGUUUGCCUCCAAUAUGGUCAGAUUUUUAGAAAUAUCGACAUUGACACAGUCCCAAUUCCUCGUAGAGGACAGGGAAUUCUGUCAACAACUGGUCAAUGAGCUCAGCAGUAUUCCCAACCCACAACGAUACUUGCCACUAGUAGAAUCCUAUCUAUUGGAACAAAAACAGGAAUAUUUCGCUGCAGAAACCGAAUUUUUCAAGAUGCCAACCAACAAUGACCAAACGGGUAUUGCCCUUGCCAUUCGAAUCUAUCGCCACACUCAUCUUGGAGGAGCACCAUUCUCUGUCAACACGAACCUCAGUGAUUUGUGGGUCUACAUCAUCAGAGACCCCCAAGUAUACGAAGCGUUUGCUCAGACCAAGACCAAGGUCAUCACCACCACCGUCACCCAACUCUUUAACGAAUGUCCCGAGCUCGCCAUCAAGUUUAUCGAAAGUAAUAUUUCCGACCCUAACAUUUUCCGAUUCCACAACUACAAUUUGAUCGAAGCAGUUGUCCGAUGCUAUCCAGACUCAAAGUCACGUAUCAAGACACUAUCACGUUUUGGACAGUGGCCAUCGACCAUCUCCAAGUCAUUCUAUGAUCUCAUCGUCGCCGACAAUGCCAUCGUCCAAAAUCCAAAGAUUACAGAGUUUAUCGAAGGUGUUUCUGUCAUGUAUUUGACCAAGGGAAUCAAAACGGUGAUCAUUGAAAAACUAUUAAAGCUGCGUCAAAGAGAUCCAUAUGGAAAAGAAAUCCACAAAGAAUUGGCUGAAUCUGUCGAAGACCAAAAGGAACUCAAAUUAAAUCAAGAAAUCAAAGUUAUUGUUAAAAAUAAGAUGAAAUUCUAUAUUGAAUAUAAUGAUGUUAAUAGAAAAUAA